GGACAGCCUGGUCUACAGAGUGAGUUCCAGGACAGCCAGGGCUCCACAGAGAAACCCUGUCUCAAAACACCAAAGGGGUCGGGGAGAGGCCUAUUAUAAGGACCACAUGAGCCAGUAGGUGUGAAGUACUCAGUGUAGGCCUUCCAGACACAGGGACUCAACUGUAUGAGCUGCUACAGAGGUAGCAGCUACUCCUUCACCACGAGACCUACACAGCCAUCCCAUUAGGUUACUACCAGGCUGGCUUUGCAGCACAGUCUGUAUCCCGGAUUCUGUCUUGGUAUGUGACUUGAAAAUAUUUCCUCUGUAGCUUUGGCUUCUUUAUUCCCAAUCAGAGGCUAAUCUGAGACUACUACUCUGCCCCAAAGCCUCACAGUGCUUCAUGACAUUAGGGAUGUGUGUGCAUCCACAGGUGUCUGAGGGACGGAUGCCGGAGACUGCCAUGUGUUCCCUCACAUUGCCAAGCCUCUAGCCGAAUCAGAUGGCCAGCCUCAUCACCUUGUCAUUGCUAUCCAUCACAAUCCCAUCAUUACCUAAAGAAUCACUCAUUCUCCUUCCUGAAAAAUGUCUGUUUACCUUAUAGAACGUUCUCUUUUCUCUGUAUUGUUAGCUGAGUAUAAAUUUAGACUUCUCUCCCUCACUGGACAGUGUCUUCUUCAUAGUGCAGCUCACAUCCCCCUGUAGUUUCUGUUAAUGCACAAUACCUUGCAUGUAGAAGGUGCUUGGUUAACGGUUAAGGGAGGAGAGAAGAGGGGAAAUGAUUGUUCUUGAGUGCCCCUGGGCCUGAUUUAACUUACAGGCCAUUUGCUCUUGGAGAGAAGAGAUAAACUGCUUGUCAUACUUCAAGUCUUUCAAAACUACUGUUAAGGUUCAGAGACUCCAGGGAGCACCAUCAGCACCAGAAUGUUAAAAGUAGCUGGAAGAUGGUGUGAGAGCCACAGCAUGCAUCCUGUGGGCUGGAAGCCUCAGAAUACUCUAGUACAAGAGGCUUGUGGUGAUAAUGUGGGCCAGAGGUAUAAGGCCUGGGCUGAGAAUGAAGUAGGGCAUGGUGUUUAGACUGUAAGGUUCAGGCUGGAGGGGCAGGGGGAUGCCUGUCAGCUUGACCAUAGCGGCUGACGGCAGUGCAUUAUCUCACUUUUCUUCCUUCUGGUCAGCAGGUGAGCCAGGUCCAGGACACCUGAUUGUUCUUUUGAGACUCCUGAAGGAUACGGUCCCACACAGCUUGCUUCUCCCUGCACAGCACUAGAGGCUGUGUCACAGGAACAGACCCCUUCGGCAAUCCUCCUCAGCCUGUCUCAUUCCCGGGCUCACCCUGCAGGCUGCCCCAUCUGUCUGUGUCAUUCCUGGCUGGAGAGAAUUAUUGGAGCCAGGCUCAGGAGGCUAGGGUGUGGAGGUCUCCAGCCCUCAGCAGCUCCUGGAGGCCUGUGCUUUGUCUGCAGGAGUUGGAAGGGAAGGGACUUUUUGUCCUGCUCUCUAUAGUGACAAGCCCAGUUCUUGCUCCUGUCUUGGCCUGGGGCUCUGAGCAGCAGCCCUGUUCCCACACAAGUUGUGGGACAGCCAAGUCUCUACACAUGCCACCCCCUUUACCCCCUACAGUGAGAGGCCUGAGAGGCAGAGAAGCAUUCUUAACAUUCUUUCUAGAGAAAAGGGGUGAAAUGUCUGAAUUUGGGGGUCACCACGUUAUACAAAUUGCAAUCUAAUCGUUUUUACAAGAACACACUUGCCGUGAGAAAGGCAGCACAGGGGGUGAGCAGACAGACAGACAGACAGACAGACUGUUGAGGGCCAUUGUUGGGCCAGUCUCCCUCCAUCACAACAGUUAAGUUAGUUUGCUACUUAAAUUGGGCCUGGGGUGGGAACCUGGAGGGCCCGUGGUGCCAUUUCUGUUUGUUUUCCCAAAUCAAAGCCCCAGCAGGGCUCCCGUGGCACUGCUGGGCUACUAUUAGGACAGACAGGCCUUUUCCCAGAGCCCCGGGUGUCAGUUGAUGCUCUGAACUUAACCUUGCGGGGCUAUACAACAGAGCUUGGAGGCCUCAAGGCCAAAGAAACUGUAUCUUCGUAGUGGUGGUUUAAAGUGUGUGUGGCCCCUUGAGAGUCCCAGACAAAGGAAAGCAGGGACUUCCCAGGCUGGGACAAGCAGAUGAAGGGCUGGGCCUUUGGGUCUCCCCAGACCCCUUGGGCUGUGCUGUAUUGGAGGCUACUUGGGCAGUGGACAGGAUCCAGGUUGGUGGCUCAAUCUGGAUGUGCCCCCUCUCACUUCUGACCCACCAGCGUGGGUACCCAGCUCUGAUUCUCUCAGAAUCCCAGCAACACAGUGGACAGGCAGAUGGGGCUCCACCCCUACACCCGGUCUUUCAUCUUCUGUUUCAAACAAACAUGAAAUUACUUCCAUAGAUUAAAGAGGAGAGAGAGCUCCUCAAUCACUCCUUACAGCCUCACUAAUGGAGUGGGCAGGGCCCCAAAAUCUGGAAAGGAGAGGGAGAACUGUGGAGGACGAGCUCCCACCUGGUGCACACAGAUGCAAGCGGGCCUGUGAGAUGGGCCUCUGCCCGCCUCCCAUGGUGUCAGGUCGGUGGCUGUUCUAGGAAGGCAGAGUCUCUAGAAGCAAGGCCGAGUGGUCUGUAUCAGACCCUGACCUGGCGAGAUGUCUCUGGCCCCCCGGAGUCCCUGACAGAUAGGCCUGUCUCUAUCUCCUCAGGCCGACACUGGGCCACUGCAUACAUCAAGGAGAUCCCUGGGAAGGUGGCUGGCACAGAGGUGCCCGUUCGGGACUUAACCCUUCAGUGGACAGCAGUAGUGUUCCUUGGAGGCCUUCACAGUGUUCACAGUGAAAAGCUAAGUAGGUAACUAGAGAGCCCCAGCUUCCUCCUUCAAUGCUUUUCACAAUGGCUGCCUUUUUGGGAGUAGGCUGGGUGACAGUGAGUGAUUAAGGACAGCUUGGAGCUGAAGUCUCCAUUUAGACACAUGGCUGGCAGCCCAGCCCGCUUCAAGCCCUUUGUGGGGCACUGCUCAGGCCACAGUUGUGCUUUUGAGUCAAUGAAAUCCCCUCUUGCCCUGUGCCCAGGCCUCUUACCUGAGCAUCCCUGUGAUGUGUUCAGGACCUUGUUUCUCCCAUCAUUACCAUGGAGGGCGGUGAAAAGGAAGCCGAGGCACUGGGCCCAGAGGGUGCCUCUUCCCCUUCUCCCCUCCACACAUCCUGCAGAAGCUCUCAACGCAGCCACCAUUCCCUGGCCACAAGGAUUAGCUGAUGCACUUGAUAUUGAGGGGCAGUUGCUAGGGCCAAGAGGCCCCCCUACGUGGUUGCUAGGGGUCUGGCAUGGGGUGAGAGGUCUGCCCACUGCCGCGGUCACGGAGGGAAUUACACAGUCACAAAGAAAUUGUUCUUCUCAGUAAUCUGGUCUCGGCCACCGGGUGGGGUACGGGUGGGGGAGCAGGCUGGAGCCCAGCAGGCUGGGGGCUGUGAUCACAGAGGCGUGCUAGCCCUGGGCUGGGGGCCAGGGACCGGGAACACCAGGGACCAGCACGCUAAGCUGCUUUCUCAGCUAUUUCUGCCGCUGGACACAAAGGUGUUUACUUGUUUUAACAUCUCCUAGGACUCCCCUUUCUCCCUUUGUGUGGUCUUUAUCCCCAAUAAGGUUUGAGCCCCAGAUUACAGGCAGGAAUUAAGGCACUGGAUUCGGGCAGCUCAGAACUGCAUGACCUGCCAGAUCAAGGAGUAUGAAGUAGCCAAGUGUGUGCUUGUGAGGGGGCCUGACCCCUCCAGCAAGACCCAUUCACUGCCCCAGGGACCAGGCAGCCAGCAUGCAGGUGUGAUGGAGGGUUGCUGCAUUUGUCCCGCUGAGGCCUCAGCUGGGGUUGGGAUACCGGGGGAGGGGUUUCCUAGUUGGAGGUUCAGUAGCUAGGAUCUUCUUCCUCAGGGAGCACCCCCAGGAGAUGGAGAGCUUUAUGCCGCCGCCGUUUGCAGGAUGAGAGACUGUGCAUGGCCAAGGGGGACAGCCGUUCACUCUCUGCCCUUCUUUCCCUCCCGCAGUGGGCAGCUGAUCACACAUCUGGGCAGUGAUUUCCCCCCAGGGGCUGGGGUGCUGGAUGUCAUGUAUGAGUCCCCCUCUACACUGCUGUCCUGUGGUUACGACACCUAUGUUCGCUACUGGGACCUCCGGACAAGUGCCCGGAAAUGUGUCAUGGAGUGGGAGGAGCCCCACGACAGUACCUUAUAUUGCCUGCAGACAGACGGCAACCACCUGCUGGCCACAGGCUCCUCCUACUACGGUGUGGUGCGGCUCUGGGACCGGCGCCAGAGGGCUUGCCUGCAUCCUUGCUGUGCUGCUCCUAGGCCGGCGGCCACAACCCUCGCACCUGAAGCGCGGCCUCCUGGACCCUGGCGCUGACUGAUGGAGGCUCUCCCAGUACCUGUGGUCUUAGGAGAAUGGACUUGAACCCAGGUGUGUACAACAGAGCCAAAGUCAGGGCCUGGGCUGGCAAGGCCAACCCUGUCCCCAGGCCCUUCAGAGCACUCUAGCAGCCUGAAGAGUGAGGUGAGGGGCCCCCACCAUCCCAGCUGGACACAGUUAGUUGCUGGAGCUUCUGCUGGUACCAGCCGCCUCCUCAGUCAGGUCUCGACUUGGGCCAACUUCUUGGAGCUGGGGGCUCAUUCUGAGACACUAGCCUGGUUUUGCUUUGAAACUAAGACAAGGACAAAGGACACCUGUCAGUUUGGGGUUCUGGGCUAGCCAUUCCUCAGGCCAGCUGUGGGAAACGUGCUAUGAUUUUCAUUUUUGUAAAAAUAAAUUUGGUUGUUCGCAAAUCUGA